CUGCGCAGCAGCAACUCAAACAGAAACUAGCUCCUGCUUCGAAGGUUCGUUCAUCUGUACUCUGCCAAUACACAUUUUUUUCUCCCUCUAUAUUUUGCCUGAGUCCUUCGAUUUUGAUUUUUAAUCAUCAAUUUUAUUUGAUAUUCAAGAAUUUAAGUCGAAUCGUCAACGAUCCAAUCAAAAUCCAAGAAUUUCCAAUUUACAAUUUCAAUGUUCUCCAAUACCUAAUAAUUCAACUCAACCAAUACAAUAUUCACUUUCUGCCUAAUUCUUUCCUUGCUUCCGAAGGUUUCCAAUUAUUUUUCUAAAAUUUUAUGCGUAUAAAUUGUGGAAAUUGAACAUCAAGCCACGAAAGGGAUUAGACAUACAAUACUAUUUCAGAAAUUCAUAGUUUUGUUAAUCCUUAAAAGGUGAAUUUGAUUGUAAAGAAAUAUUUUGGUUAUGACAUCGUCAUCUACCUUGAGGCGAAGGCUUCAUCAUGGGGAUGUUGAUGGAAAACGGCGUGAACAUUAUGAUUCGUCGGAUUAUGGGAGUUUAGGGGAACCAUUGCUUGGUGGUGAUCGACAUAAUGAGCAAUAUACUUUGGAGGAGCUUUUGGAUGAUCCAGCGAGGAAGGUCAAUCUCCAUUGGUCGUUUAUAUUCUCACAGCUACUUGCACAAUGGGCUCAAUGGCUAGCAAAUAUAGUCCUUGGUUCAAAAUCACUGUUUGGACGCUUUGUGACUCCGGCACUCACAUCACAGCCAGCACUGUUUGCACCAGCUCUUACAUCUACACAGGAAGAAAGACUUCGAAAGCUCCAAAGUAGGUUGAAAGUUCCUUUUGAUGGUAACCACAUAGAGCAUCAGGAUGCGCUCAAGAAGUUGUGGAGGUUGGCCUUUCCCACUAGGGAGAUCCCACCUCUUAAGUCAGAGCUCUGGAAAGAAAUGGGGUGGCAAGGCACCGAUCCCUCAACAGAUUUUAGGGGUGGAGGAUUUAUAUCUCUCGAGAAUCUCAUAUAUUUUGCUGAGAAGUAUCCGGAGUCUUUCCAGUGCUUGUUGCAUAAGCAAGAUGGACAAAGAGCUGAAUGGGAAUACCCUUUUGCUGUAGCUGGCAUCAAUAUUUCAUUUGUGCUGGCACAAAUGUUAGAUCUUCAAUCUGGAAAGCCAACUUCCACCGCAGGAUUAAGAUUUCUACAAUUACUUGGAGAAGAUGAAAUGGCAUUCGAUGAUCUUUAUUGUGUAGCCUUUCAAAUGAUGGAUGCACAAUGGCUAGCAAAACGUGCAUCAUAUAUGGAAUUCAAUGAUGUUCUUAAAUCAACAAGAGCUCAACUAGAGCGGGAGCUUGCGCUGGAAGACAUCUGCAGUAUAAAAGAUUUGCCUGCUUAUAACCUAUUGAGAAGAUGAGCGCCCCUGACGAAAUAUAGCCCUCGAACAAAUAUUUCGGUGUUCUGUAUAUUGGAUACGCUAACGUCUUUUUAUGAAGGUCAAGUGUGACUUUGUCAAAAACUGAAUCAUGCAGAAUAAUGUAAAAUGUUUUGGUUAUAUAGAGUUACAUUUUAAAAUAUGUAUAGUCAUACUUCUGUGUACUUUAAAAUUUGGUAGUCUUAUUAGACCAUCUGCAUUGCUGAGCUCCUAUUUUGGGUCCCAAGACAACCUAAGAUGUUUACCUGCAAGAUGAGACUCAACUAUUUUAAUUUUGGAGAUUAUAGUUUGGGACUCAAUGUUCUAAUGGUGAAGUUCCUAAAAUGGCAUUUCCUUCAA